AUGUCCCGCCAAACCACCACCGCGCAAAAGCCAUCGUCGAAUUGGCUUGCUUUGAAGAAGAAACUACCAUCCGACUCGAGGAAAUCUGUAACACCACCACCCAAGAAGAAACGCAAGACUGGACAUGAAAGCGAAGACACAUCCGAGAUCGCCUUCAUUCGCGGAAAGGAUAUCUCGUCUUUUCGCUCUGUUACACCGACGGUAGAUGAGGAAGACCUCCAAGACGGAGACCCCAAGGCUGUCAUGCGCAAGAUGAUCGCAGGCGCGCCCGUACACUUGCCCAACCACCAGCAACCGGGGAAAUACCUCGCACUUGACUGCGAGAUGGUCGGCGUCGGGCCUGAGGGCAGGGAGUCCUCACUGGCACGCGUUAGCAUCGUGAACUUCUACGGACACGUCUUGCUAGACGUAUACGUGCGCCAGCGAGAACGAGUGGUGGACUACCGGACACAAUACAGUGGUAUUCGCCCGAGCGACAUGGUAGACGCAAAACCAUUCCCAGAGGUACAGCAGCAAGUCGCCGAUCUACUGAAGGAUCGAAUACUGGUGGGGCAUGCCGUUCACAACGAUCUCAAGGCGCUCUUCCUCUCGCAUCCGCGACAGCAGACGCGCGACACCCAGGUGUACGCGCACAAGCACAAGGUCGUCAAGACGAAAUGGGCAGCGCUGCGUAAUCUCGUUCAACAAGAGCUCGGUGUGGCAAUCCAGACCGGGGAGCACUCUAGUGUCACCGACGCUCGCGCGACUAUGGCGGUCUUCCGCCUGCACCACAAAGAAUGGGAGAAGGGCCAACGCCCAGACGGCCCUCUAUCCACGAAGAAGCGGAAGCGCGCCGGAAGCGUGCCUGAUGCAACGCACGCCACUUCCAAGUCCAUCACGAAAGUCUCUGCCACCGUAGCGAGCGAGUUCCCGGGAGGCGGCCGCAAGGGCGUCAGCUCGGGCCUGUCGACGAUCGUCAAGCGGAAGGAGACUGUGUCGACGAAGACGAACGACAAGUGGUGGACGAAGCUGGGUUGA